ACUUGUUAACAUCGUGCGUUGUCGUUAACAGCUGUUACUUUAAACUGUUAUUGUAUAUCUUGCUGUUGACGCGUGUGGUCGGGUUUUUUCGGCGGUAAAUGCGGGUAUUUUAAAUCUAAGCAACAAAUCUAAAGUGCAAAAUUCAGAAAAAAUUCAUGCGAAAAAUUGCAAAAAUUUCUAAAUGUGUUGAGAAUUGCUAUAAACAUAGAAUUAGUUAAAAAAAAGCUACACAUAAAAACAAAAAAUAUAUAAAAAUUAUAAACAAGCGGAUAAAAUUUCAAGUGUUAAACCAAAUGUUAGUCUAAGCUUAAAGUGUAAAACUAGUUUAAGCCCCGCAAAGUGUUAAGCAAAAAAAUAAAAAUUCAAAUAAAAACAAAGUAAUAUAUAUUCAUCUAAAGCUACAACACCAACACCAACAACAACAACAACAACAAGUGCAGAAGUUUCCACUAAUACAACAACUACAAGAGCAAAAUAAAAACAGUCAGUUUUUACGGCUAAAGAAAAGGCUAAAACAGAAGUGAAUAGUUGCGCUUUGCUGCUAAAAAAAAAACUAGCAAAAAGCCAUUGCUAAAAUUUUCUUUUUACCGUUGUUAAUCAAUUCGCCAAAAUAGCUAAAUCCAUUUUACAAUUUCUCAAAAAGAAAAAAUCCCAUCAUAGUUCAGGAACGGCAAGCGGCAGCGGCAGCGGAUCAGAGGGCAAGUUACAGCAGCAGCACAGCAACGAGGAGGAAGGCGGUGGUGCAGGGGGAGGACAGCAGGAAGCAGCCGCCGCUAGCCACAAAAUAACGCCGUCGACCACAACAACAACAACAGCAGCAACAGGAGCAACAGCAGGAGCAGCAGGAGGAGCAGCCGACGCAACAGGAACUGGAACAGCUACAACAAAAAGAAAAUCUGAAGCAGCUGCUGCCUCCGGCGAGGAGCAGCCCAGCAACAGCAGCAGCAGCUCACCCCAGGCUCAAGUGUCAGCAAGCGCCACGUUUCGUUUAUCCUCGCUAACGGGCACCAUCUCGAAAAUGGGCAACAACGCGACCACAUCCAACAAGAAGGUGGAUGCCGCCGAGACGGUCAAGGAGUUCCUUGAACAGGCCAAGGAGGAGUUUGAGGAUAAAUGGCGUCGCAAUCCGACCAAUACCGCCGCCCUUGAUGAUUUUGAGCGGAUCAAGACGCUCGGCACCGGCUCCUUUGGCCGCGUCAUGAUCGUCCAGCACAAGCCCACAAAAGACUAUUAUGCCAUGAAGAUACUGGACAAGCAGAAGGUGGUCAAGCUGAAGCAGGUGGAGCAUACAUUGAACGAGAAACGCAUCCUGCAGGCCAUACAGUUUCCAUUCUUGGUCUCGCUCCGCUACCAUUUCAAGGACAACUCCAAUCUCUAUAUGGUGCUGGAGUAUGUGCCCGGCGGCGAGAUGUUCUCGCAUCUGCGCAAAGUCGGACGCUUCUCGGAGCCGCAUUCGCGCUUCUAUGCGGCACAAAUUGUGCUCGCCUUUGAGUAUCUGCAUUAUCUCGACCUCAUCUAUCGCGAUCUAAAACCGGAGAAUCUAUUGAUCGAUUCGCAGGGCUAUCUGAAGGUCACCGAUUUUGGCUUUGCCAAGCGGGUCAAGGGUCGCACCUGGACGCUCUGCGGCACGCCCGAGUAUCUGGCACCCGAAAUCAUCUUGUCCAAGGGCUACAACAAGGCCGUCGAUUGGUGGGCGCUUGGCGUUUUGGUCUACGAAAUGGCCGCCGGGUAUCCGCCCUUCUUUGCGGACCAGCCCAUACAGAUUUAUGAGAAGAUCGUCUCCGGCAAGGUGCGUUUCCCCUCGCACUUUGGCUCCGAUCUAAAGGAUCUGCUGCGCAAUCUGCUGCAGGUUGAUCUGACCAAGCGCUAUGGCAAUCUGAAAGCGGGCGUCAAUGAUAUUAAGAACCAGAAAUGGUUCGCCUCCACGGACUGGAUUGCGAUCUUCCAAAAGAAAAUCGAGGCGCCGUUCAUACCGCGGUGUAAAGGUCCCGGCGAUACAAGCAAUUUCGAUGACUACGAGGAGGAGGCCCUGCGGAUUUCCAGCACCGAAAAGUGCGCCAAGGAGUUUGCUGAAUUCUAGAAGAUGCACAAACAUGUCGCAUUCUCGUCACCUUCGUUACCAUCGUCGUUGUUGUCGUCUCGUCUAUAUGUCUACUACUUACUACUAGUGCUACAACUACAACUACAGCUACAACUAUAGCUGCAGCUACAACUGAAACUAAUACAUCUACUUGGGUCUGGCUGGGCAUAUACUUAUCAUGGAAACAACACUCGCCAUCAAAAGAAACCCCAAUUGGACUUUGCAUACCCAGUCGCAACAAAUAUCAACACAUGCAUACACGAAAUAUGUCAUCAGCGUAAAACCUAAAACGGAACUUUUACUCUCCCAAAACUGGUGAACGUACUUUUAAAACCAGAACCAGAACCUCAACUAAAACAACAACUAGAAUGUUCAUAAUUAAAAAAAUAUAUUUCAACUAAUGUUAUUACAUACAGCAGCUAAAAUAACUGGGAGUUAGAAAGGGAGUGUAACCAAGAACAAGAAAAAAUACAACAAGAACAACAACACAACAACAACAAUGUAAUAGGUAACUAAAAUUUAUGGCAUAUACAUAAAUAAUCAUUCAUAACAUAUAGCAUAUAGUAUAACCACGAGACUACAGAUAUUUAGUUGUAAAGUACAUAGUUUAGUUCAACAGAAAAAAAGAAAAGCAAGACAAAAAUCUAAAGCAGCAAGCACAGAUUACCAAAUGCGUCUAGAAAAUCAUACAAAGACGAAAACAAGAACUUCGGUAAAUGGGCUAAAGAAUUUGUUUUAAUUAUCAGCUGGCAGCAACAACAACAACAACAACACAUUGUGAAAGUAUGAAACGCUUUAUUAAUUUAUAAAUUUAACAAAAGUAAAAUGUAAAAAAAAAAAACAAAAAAUUAUGGCGCACUUAGUGUGCUUGAAAAAAAAAACCCAACUAAAUAUAUAAAAGAAACAAGAAAAGCGAAUUACAGACAGAAACAUACAGCUAAUUAAAGUCGCCGCGAAAAAAAUUUCCGUAGGUAAAGUUCUACAUUAUCGUAUUCUUAAAAAUGUGGAAAUAAACAAAAGCGUCUUUCAAGAAUUUAGCAGGUCGCAAAACUGGAGCGUGUAAAAUUAAUACAAAUAAAAGUUCUCAUAAGCCGUUAAAAGAUUUCAGUCAAUGUUGGUUAACUAGCCAUAACAGUGUUGCGCAACUUCCAUAAUAACCACAAAAGUGUUGUCAAAUGUUUAAGGCAUUUUUGUUGCGUACACAGUGCUGUCUAGUGAAGUCAAAUACAUACAUAUUAGUGUUGCAAAAGCCGCCAAAAACUUUCCAAGAGCUGUAAUUCUUAUGUGCCCACGACACCAAAUAGUCCCCCGCUACUAGCUGAGCUUGCGUUUAGCUCUCGAUGUUUUAGGCGUUUUAGACAUACGAUACAUAUGUACUAUAAAUGUUGUACAAUCAGCGACGACGUGCAACAAUAAACACACACACACACACACACACACACACAAACAAUCACACACUCACAUACGAGUCCACAACAAAAACAAAUGGCAAAUACUGUUGAUAGUAAGAGCCGAAAGUUAAUCAACAUCCAAUAGACAGGCACACGCUCAUUAACAUUGGCACCUAAAAGUAAGCGCACUCACCGAAUACAUUAAUAUACAACCAUAUUCACAUACAAAUAAAACAGUCAGGCGUAUAUAUGUAUAUCCACGUAUCACUCGCAGGAUCUAGGGCCAAAUGCGCCAGAACCACAUCAACUACUCAAAUUCUAAAAUUAAUAUUAACAUGAAGAACAUACAAAAUAUUUAAAACAAAAAAUGAAAAUUAAAAUAAAACAAAAAACGCAGCAAAAAAAAUAAAUAAGAAAUCUAAAUGUUUACACUUAAGACGCAAAAAUAAAAAAUAUAAUUAAAACAUAAAAAACCAACUGAAAUUUGUGUGUAUAAAAGCGUAAAAUCGUAGAAUUAAUGAAAAAGGGGCAUCAAAAAGUCGACAUAAAUAUUAAAUAUUAAAUAUUAUACACUAACAUCAAUAUAAUACCAACAAAAUGUGCAAGAGCGAAAAAGAGAGACACGAGAGAAAAGGGAGAAGCGCCAACUAAGUUUAAUAAUUUAAAAGAAAGAGAAUAAAGGAAAACGUUAUAUACAUAUAUAAUCGAGUAAAGAUCGUUUACAUAUUUAUUGUUUUACACUUCUUUUACAAUAUUCUUCGGCAUACAGAAGUUAAAAAAUGUCCGAGGGGCUUACUACGUAUAGCUGCGAAGCCUUUUGAUUAUGCGCUAAAGGAUUUAAUAAAUAAUUUAACUUAUAAUUUUAAUUGCUGUACUUUUUGUUAAUUUAUUUCUAAACUCCAAGUCUUUCAAUUUAUUUGUGAAAAACAAACACGAAAUCUUAACAAAAAAAUAAAACCUAUUUAUAAUAAAAUGUACAACGUAUGUUUUAAACUUUUAAAAAAAAUCGAUUAAUUUUUCUACUAGUUGCGUCAAAAAGUCAUAAAUAGGCAUCAACUAAAAUAAAAUAAAGUUAAAGAAACUUCGGAAAAUCGGAAACGUAGCCCUCAUCCAAAUCGUAGGGCCCAAAACGUGGCCAAUAAAUGUUAACACCUCACAUCACAUUGUUUCUUCAUGUUUAAUUUAAUAUUUGUUAUAAACAAGAAAUAUAAUCCACAAAAAUUUUUUAUUCGACAACACACACACACAUACACACACAAGCAGACAAACACCCGCGACAAAAGAAAAUAGGCGCAUUAAUAAAUAAUUUAACAACAAAAGGCAAAACAAAAUACAGACAUGCAUAUAAAUAGUCUUUAGUAGUCUGAGCAAACAAUUUAAUACAUAAUAAAAAAAUAUACAUUAAUAAAUAUAUUGAAUAUAUAAAACUAAAUAUAUGUAUAUAUACAUACAUAUAUAUAUAUAUAUAUAUAUACACAUACAUGUACAUGUAUGUGCAUAUGCAUUGAAAAAAGUCAAAAAUUUGUUAUUAUUUCUUUUUUUUUUGUAAAUUUCUUAAUAAUUUUUUGUGCAAUUUUGUUUAUUAUUUGUUUAGUUAACAUUUUGUGUAACUUAUUUAGCGAUGCUCUACAAAUCAAAUAACUGAGCUUUAAUGUUUGACCAACAAUUCGUAUGUUAUGCUGUUUGUAUGUAUACAAAAUAUUAUGUUAUAUACAUAUAUAAUUUGAUAUAACUUCCAAGAGGAUCUUUUAAGCAAACAAUCUGCGGCAAAACGCAUUGCGAAAUAAUUGUAUAACAAAUCUAUAGUUUGUAAUUAAAAAACAAGAAGAAAAAUCAUUUUUGUCGAAAAAAUUGUGAAAGAAUUUGAAAUUGAGAAAGAAUAACCCUUUUGUUGUUGUUUAUUGUGUGUGCGUGCUAAAUUCGAGGUACAUAAAUUAAUAAUUAUAAAUCUAAUAUGAAAUACAUAUUAAAAAACAAAACAACAAAAAAAAAGAAAAGAAAACAAAUUCAAAUUAUUUAAUUUAGUUUUUAAAUUUAAGUUUAUAUAGAAAGUGCGUAUAUAUACACAUACAACUAUAAAUUUCAAUACCAACAAGAAGCAAGAUAAAAUGUCUUAAAACAAAAACCAAGCAUACAAUAAAAUGAAUAACAAGAAAA